AUGUACAUUUUGUCUAGGUUUUUUACCCACCAACUUCUCACUCAGAUUGGGGUUGGGGUGACACUCAGAGGAGCCCUUCUUGUGGCUCCAUGUCUCAUCCUCAUCAAAUGCCGGUUGAAGUAUUACUGGACCACUGUGGUCUCCCAUUCAUACUGUGAGCACAUGGCCAUCGUGAAAUUGGCAGCAGAAGAUACUAGAAUCAACAAGAUCUAUGGUCUGUUUGUGGCUUUCAGUGUACUUGGCUUUGAUAUAAUCUUCAUCACAGUAUCCUACAUUCAAAUAUUUAUAACUGUCUUCAGUCUGCCUCAGAAGGAAGCCAGGCUGAAAGCCUUUAACACCUGCAUUGCUCACAUUUGUGUCUUCCUUGAGUUUUAUCUCCUGGCUUUCUUCUCCUUCUUUACACACAGGUUUGGCUUCCACAUUCCACCUUACAUUCAUAUACUUUUGUCCAACCUUUACCUGCUUGUUCCAACUUUGCUCAAUAUUAUUGUUUAUGGUGUGAAGACCAAACAGAUUCGAAAUCGAGCAUGCAAAAUUUUCCACUCUAAGGAUGCUUCCUGA